UCAGCGGGCGGGCGCAGCCCCGCUGUUUACCGCGGCGCGGCGCCUGGUGGCCCCGAGUUCUGUGCCGCGUCCGCCGCCCUUAAAGGGCCCGCGUCCGGGAAGCCUACGGGCCAGGGCCACCGCCGCCUCGGCUCUCCGGGCGCGAGCGGACGCCGGGUCUCCAGCCGGGCUGGGCCGGGCUGGGGUUGCGGGUCGCGGUGCCGCCCACGCGAGCCGGGGUCCGCGCGAGGCCCAGGAGCGGCUCCAGGGAGGGGACGCGUCCUAUCUCAGGCCGGGGUUAAAGUUCUGGUCCCGGUGAGAUGCUGGAAGCUGCUGCGGCAGCCGCAACGCGCCCGGUCGCCGUCCCGUCGCCAGCCCCCGCCGCCCCGGGCCAUGAUCGCCUGGCGUCUGCCCUUGUGCGUGCUCCUGGUGGCCGCCGUCGAGAGCCACCUGGGGGCUCUGGGGCCCAAGAACGUCUCGCAGAAAGACGCGGAGUUUGAGCGCACCUACGCGGACGACGUCAACAGCGAGCUAGUCAACAUCUACACCUUCAACCACACCGUGACCCGCAACCGGACCGAGGGCGUGCGAGUGUCUGUGAACGUCCUGAACAAACAGAAAGGGGCGCCUUUGCUGUUCGUGGUCCGCCAGAAGGAGGCUGUUGUGUCCUUCCAGGUGCCCCUAAUCCUGCGAGGGCUAUACCAGCGUAAGUACCUCUACCAAAAAGUUGAACGAACUCUGUGUCAGCCCCCCACCAAGAAUGAGUCCGAGAUCCAGUUUUUCUAUGUGGAUGUGUCUACCCUGUCACCAGUCAAUACCACUUACCAGCUCCGAGUCAACCGUGUGGACAAUUUCGUGCUCAGGACUGGGGAGUUGUUUACCUUCAAUACCACUGCAGCCCAGCCCCAGUACUUCAAAUACGAGUUUCCUGAUGGUGUGGACUCUGUCAUUGUCAAGGUGACCUCCAAGAAGGCCUUCCCCUGCUCUGUCAUCUCCAUCCAGGAUGUCCUGUGCCCAGUCUAUGAUCUUGACAACAAUGUAGCCUUCAUCGGCAUGUACCAGACAAUGACGAAGAAGGCAGCCAUCACUGUGCAGAGGAAAGACUUCCCCAGCAACAGUUUUUAUGUGGUGGUGGUGGUGAAGACUGAGGACCAGGCCUGCGGGGGGUCCUUGCCCUUCUACCCUUUCGUGGAAGAUGAACCAGUGGAUCAAGGGCACCGUCAGAAAACCCUGUCAGUGCUGGUCUCUCAGGCUGUCACAUCUGAGGCCUACGUUGGUGGGAUGCUCUUUUGCCUGGGCAUAUUCCUGUCUUUCUACCUGCUGACUGUGCUGCUGGCCUGUUGGGAGAACUGGAGGCAAAGGAAGAAGACCUUGCUGGUGGCCAUAGACCGAGCCUGCCCAGAAAGCGGUCACCCUCGGGUCUUGGCUGAUUCGUUUCCUGGCAGUGCCCCCUAUGAGGGUUACAACUAUGGCUCCUUCGAGAAUGGUUCCGGAUCCACUGACGGGUUGGUUGAAAGCACAGGUUCAGGGGACCUCUCCUACAGUUACCAGGGGCACGACCAGUUCAAGCGGCGCCUUCCCUCUGGCCAGAUGCGGCAGCUGUGCAUUGCCAUGGACCGCUCCUUUGACCCAGUGGGAGCUCGGCCACGACUGGACUCCAUGAGCUCCGUGGAAGAGGAUGACUAUGACACACUGACUGACAUCGACUCAGACAAAAACGUCAUUCGAACCAAGCAAUACCUCUGUGUGGCUGAUCUGGCACGAAAGGACAAACGUGUUCUACGGAAAAAGUACCAGAUUUACUUCUGGAACAUAGCCACCAUUGCAGUCUUCUACGCCCUUCCUGUGGUGCAGCUGGUGAUCACCUACCAGACGGUGGUGAAUGUCACGGGGAACCAGGACAUCUGCUACUACAACUUCCUCUGUGCCCACCCACUGGGCAACCUCAGCGCCUUCAACAACAUCCUCAGCAACCUGGGGUACAUCCUGCUUGGUCUGCUCUUCCUGCUCAUCAUCCUGCAGCGGGAGAUCAAUCAUAACCGGGCCCUGCUGAGAAAUGACCUCUAUGCUCUGGAGUGUGGGAUCCCCAAACACUUUGGUCUAUUUUAUGCCAUGGGCACAGCGUUGAUGAUGGAGGGGCUACUUAGUGCCUGUUACCACGUCUGCCCCAACUACACCAACUUCCAGUUCGAUACCUCGUUCAUGUACAUGAUUGCUGGCCUCUGCAUGCUGAAGCUCUACCAGAAGCGGCACCCAGAUAUCAACGCCAGUGCCUACAGCGCAUACGCCUGCCUGGCCAUUGUCAUCUUCUUCUCCGUCCUGGGUGUGGUUUUUGGCAAAGGGAACACAGCCUUCUGGAUCGUCUUCUCAGUCAUCCAUAUCAUUUCCACGCUUCUCCUCAGCACUCAGCUGUAUUACAUGGGCCGCUGGAAGCUGGACUCCGGAAUCUUCCGCCGCAUCCUCCAUGUGCUCUACACAGACUGCAUCCGGCAGUGCAGCGGGCCCCUUUACACGGACCGCAUGGUGCUUCUGGUCAUGGGCAACAUUAUCAACUGGUCGCUGGCUGCCUAUGGACUCAUCAUGCGCCCAAAUGACUUUGCCUCCUACUUGCUGGCAAUUGGCAUCUGCAACCUGCUGCUGUAUUUUGCUUUCUACAUCAUUAUGAAGCUCCGGAGCGGCGAGAGGAUCAAGCUCAUCCCUCUGCUCUGCAUCGUGUGCACCUCCGUGGUCUGGGGCUUCGCACUCUUCUUCUUCUUCCAGGGACUCAGCACGUGGCAGAAAACCCCCGCAGAGUCCAGGGAGCACAACCGAGACUGCAUCCUCCUUGACUUCUUUGAUGACCACGACAUCUGGCACUUCCUGUCCUCCAUUGCUAUGUUUGGGUCCUUCCUGGUUUUAUUGACGUUGGAUGACGACUUGGACACUGUACAGCGGGACAAGAUCUAUGUCUUCUAGCAGCGUCUGAGGUCCAGGCUUCACUUCAUGGGCCCAGCGCCUCUGCGUCACCUUCCAGUUGCCACAGGAGCACCAAGGGUGUGAGUCCCAGCUCUGCUACCCAGCAUUGGACGUCGUGGCAAGACAGCGAGAUUCCAGCUCAGGCCUGACUCAGGACAGUUACUGGUGACACUGAACCUUGCAGUUACCUCUGCUGCGGAGGAGGCCUGCUCCGCAACCCCAGACACUGGCCAAAUUGCUGCUGCUUGCUUCUCAGUGUCCGGUCCUCCCCAGGACCCUGGUCUGUCCAUCUGUCUUGUUUAUCCACUGGCUCUCCAUUUGUCCCUUUGGAGAGGAAGGCAGGAAGUCAAUGUCCUGCCCCCUUCAUGCCUUGCAUUCUACCCAUCCCUUCCCUCCUUUUGGCCUAGGACACAGUCUUUCUUCUUCCCGUGCUCUGCCCCAGGACAUAGUCUGGUGCCUGAUUCUCUGUCCAGCACCAGGACCUACAUUCUCCCUGGGUCUGUAGCUGGCUAUCACUGCCCACUCUGGCCUGCCAGGAUGGAUGCAGGUAGGAGACUUUGGGGGCUGGCCGGCUGGUGCCAGGCUUUCGGUGCUAAGGCCCACAAGGGGCCUAGGUACGACCCUCCUCCCUGACCUGUGCGUGGAGCUGGCUCUACAGCAGUGAGGGCCAGCCCAGGCUGAAUCUUCUGAUCUGGGGACUGAAUUCAGAGGCCACCUCAUCCUACCAGCCACUAGAAUGAUGCCAGCACCGGGGUUGGUGGGAAGUGGCAACUUACUGUCCUCUUCCGUACCCUCAGUCCUGCCAAGCCCCAGAUGGGGGCCCCUCAGUGCCAUUGACACUGCCCAAGAAUGUCCAGAGGCCAUGGGAUGGUGCCAAGCACACAACCCCUUUUGCCUCUUUCAGGGGAGCAGGAGUCCCAGUGCCUGUCUUAGAAAGGGAGGGACAUGCCAAGUCCCUGUGAGUCCUUAGUCCUGUCUCACCAAAGGACUCAGGGCUGGUUUCUGAGUUUCCGUCCAGUAUUUAGCCAAGUUCUGUGUUAGUCACAUAGGCCUAAGAGCCUUGACGUUUACAGAGUCACCCAGCUCUGGCCCCUGGCCACUCUGGUCCUUGGCGUUUACAGAGUCACCCAGCUCUAGGCCCCUGGCCACUCUAGUCCUUGGCUACCCUUCACUCCACCAGGUCCAUUCCAGAUGCCAAGAGUCCUCUCCACCAUGGUUUUCUAGCUCUUGGGCUGGGAGAAGAGGCAGGUCUGGGCCUUUGUUUCUGAGCUCUGUUCUGCGUUCCUCCAUGCUACGGUUGCAAUUCUGUUUUCUAUGAACGAGUGCAUUCAAUAAAGACAGCCCGACCUGGGAUCUGGUCUUACUGA